GUGUAGAAUACAAUUCAACUCGGCAACACUGAGCGGGGUAUUUCAAUAGAGCUCCCUCCAAUUUGCAGUCAGUCAGACCCGGCUGCCGAAGCAGUAGAAAAAUUGGGGAAAGUGUUGGAACGCGUUGAAGAAAAGUUCAAUAGUAAACUUCAUAAAAAAAGUAAAUCGGAGCCGCCGUCAUUCGACAAUAAAAUUUCGCUAGUAUCGUCGUAAAUUGGUUGACAAUUAUUUUAAAUAGAAAAUUGCUUAAAGCACGCAUUGUCACUAACUUCAUACAUAUAUAACUACAAAUAUUGUAUAUAAAAAUUUAGAAAAAUACAGCAUAACGCCUACAUUAGGUGACACAACAACAAACAAAUACUUAGAACGUUCCAAAGAGUUGCCCAGUCAAUAAUAAAAUUAAAUUCAAUAAAAUAAAAAUCAAACAAAUAAAAUAAACAAAAUGAUGAAUAUGGAUAUUAGCGUAACACCGAAUUAUUCGUACAUUUUCGAUUUCGAAAAUGAUUUUAUCCACCAACGCACACGCAAAUGGAUGGUCGAGAAUUGGACUUGGGUAUUCUACUAUUGUGGCAUUUAUAUGUUGGUGAUAUUUGGCGGACAGCAUUUUAUGCAAAAUCGUCCCAGAUUCCAACUACGCGGUCCAUUAAUUAUCUGGAAUACAAUGCUCGCCAUGUUCAGUAUUAUGGGCGCAUUUCGAACGGCACCAGAACUUAUACAUGUGCUACGUCAUUAUGGACUUUUCCAUUCCGUUUGCGUUCCUAGCUACAUCGAACAAGAUCGCGUCUGCGGCUUCUGGACCUGGUUGUUUGUGCUCUCCAAACUGCCCGAACUCGGCGAUACAAUAUUCAUUGUAUUGCGAAAGCAACCACUGAUUUUCCUGCACUGGUACCACCACAUCACUGUGCUCAUCUACUCCUGGUUCUCGUACACCGAGUACACCUCAUCGGCGCGCUGGUUCAUCGUCAUGAACUACUGCGUACACUCGGUGAUGUACUCAUACUAUGCGCUGAAGGCGGCGCGCUUCAAUCCGCCACGCUUCAUUGCCAUGAUCAUCACGUCGCUGCAGUUGACGCAAAUGAUUGUCGGCUGUGCGAUCAAUGUGUGGGCCAACGGUUUCCUCAAGACGCACGGACGCCAAUCGUGCAACAUCUCACAGACCAACAUCAACCUAUCGAUUGCGAUGUACUUCAGCUAUUUCGUGCUGUUCGCGCGCUUCUUCUACAAAACGUACUUGUCGCCGGCCGGCAAGAAGAGCCGACGCAUGGCUGCCUCGUUGGCCGCGCAGAAUACCGCCAAAUUGUCAUCGCCCAGCAGCGAUGAGUCGAAGCCGCUAAUGGCCGACAUCAGCAGCAAUGGCACAACACUGAACGGUAGCGCCGCUAACGGUGCCUCAGCGUUCCUGCACAAGCCGAAGUUGCAGUAAGCGGCGGGCGGAUGACAGAGCAGCGUCCACGACGGCAACGGCGGGGUGUUGGCAGAAUGUUAUGUUGUAUUUUUUUCUUGUUUUUUUUUUUUAGCGGGUGUGUUGCCGUAUGAUGAAUGAAAGCGUUUGAGGUGGUGUAUUUUUGAAUUUGAAUUCGAGAGCAAAAAUGGAUAAGUCAAAAGUCAGUAAUCAGUAGUAGUGUGUGUACGUUUUAGUUUGUUCUUUGAUUCGGAAAUGAUGAUUGGGUCAAAGCAUAUACAUACAUACAUACAUACGUGCAUAUGUAGUAGUGGCAGCGUGUGGCGCCAAUAAGCGGUAAGCAGGGGCAGUGUUGAUGAGUGGUGUGUGAAGCAGCGCAAAUUAAAUUAAAAAAAAACAAAAAACAACAACAAGAAACAAAUGUUUAAACUGAAAAAAUAACAACAACAACAAGAACAAAUUUAUAAUGAAUGAAUUUUGAAUAUUUUUAAUCCAAUUUGUAAUACGUGUAUAUAUGUAUGUGUAUACAAGCAAAAGAAAAACAAAAAAAGAAAGAAAAUAUUUUUGAAUAACUGAAAUUGUAAAUUUCACUUGGUCUCUCAUUUCAACUAAAUUGUGACUUGUGAUGAGCCAUUUGUAUAUUGUAUGUGUACCCAUCAAUUUUCUUGAAGUUACCUUAGGUAUUUUCUAUAUAUUAUAUACAUGUGUUGCACACACAUUCAACAACAAAAGCAACAACAACUUAAAAAAAUAUUAAAGCGCAAGUUUUGCAUAAAAAACAACAACAAUUACUUACAUACUUACAUAUAUAGUACGGCUGUUUGUAUGUUUUAAAGUGCAUACUAUGUAGUUAUGUGUUUGUUUGCAGCAACAAAAACACAAAAA